AACUGGAAAAGAAAAUAAUGAAGAAGGAAAAACAAAGGUCCCGCCUAUUCUGAAAAAAAAAACUCCAGAACGGCGUCGUUGGGUUCCCUUCACCCAAAUUUCUCCACACACUCAGUGCAAUUCAUUUUCCCUCAAGCAAAACUGCCUCACCGUUGAUGGAGGGCGGUGACGCAGCGAACAUGCUGCGCAUUCUGGUGGCCACCGAUUGCCACCUCGGGUACAUGGAGAAGGACGAGGUGCGCCGCCACGACUCCUUCCACGCCUUCGAGGAGAUUUGCGCCAUUGCCGAGCGCCAGGGCGUGGACUUCGUUCUCCUUGGCGGCGACCUCUUCCACGAGAACAAGCCGUCGCGGUCAACGCUAGUCAAGGCCAUCGAGAUUCUCCGCCGCUACUGCCUCAACGACCGCCCCGUCCCGUUCCAAGUCGUCAGCGACCAGACGCUCAAUUUCCAGAACGCGUUUGGUCACGUGAACUAUGAGGAUCCUCACUUCAAUGUUGGCUUGCCGGUUUUUACCAUUCAUGGAAAUCAUGAUGAUCCUGCUGGUGUGGGUUUGGAUGGGAGGUAGAAUCGCAAAAGAGGCUAAUGAUUAUCCAUGUGGGCUUGGGGGAAAUACUAGUAUACUUUUACCUUGUUAUAGCUCCAUACAAGUCAUAAGUAUCUGGACUAGUGUUUGUUUAUUUCACCACUAUUUGUUUUGCUUCAAGAGGGCGUUAGAUGAAGAUGUAUUACUAGUUAUAAUUUCUGUCUUUCCUUUCCUUUUUUCUUAAUUUUUUUUUUGUAAGGACUGGAGUUGUUGGUCUUGUACUUAGCAUUGUUGCAAGAUAAAUUCAGAAUAAGAUUGAUAAAUGUGUUAUUACAAAUAAACAUUUUUUGAGAAAAUGCACAUGGGCAAAGUAAAGC